AUGAAGAUGGGGUGGAUACGGAUUUAUCAACUAAUGUGGACCUUAAUCGUUCUAUUGGGGGUAGUGAGCCAGGGAGAGGGGACUCAUAUCACUGGUACUUUCAAUACCAAAGAGUUUUUCAGAUUUUUAAUGAAAUUUGGCUUUCAACAAACUGACCGCCAUCGUCAGAGAGACUCUUUUGGAUAUAUUUUCGGCAAUGUUACCGCAAGAAGAGUCCCCUCGAGGAUGAUCACUCUGGCUGUGCUGGACAGGAACCAUUUCUUGGGAUAUUAUGGGAACAGAACUAUCGAAGAUAGAAAUCUCGCUUGUGCCAUGAUGUUUAAUACACUCAAUGAGAGCUCUUAUGACUCGGAGUGUAAUCAAGAUGGACAGGAUUUUUUAAGGCGAAUACCAUGCUCCAAGAAUAAACUAUGUCCAGACGAGGAUCUUCCUUGGAACGUGAUAAAAAAUCAUCAAUUCACUUACGUGAUUCAAGAUCUUUUGCAACCAAGAUUUUGGUACAUGAGUUUUGUCUCCUGCUAUCGUAACACAAAAACUUGCCAGUGGGAGUGGUUCAAUGAGAGCCUGGACAUUGACUAUGAUAUUUGGCUCGUCAAUGGGAAUCCAAAUAACAGUGGAUUUAAUAGUUUAACGUAUCAGUUUUCGUACGAUCGUCAGAACACAAUUGAACUAUAUUUAUUAUUUUUCCUGUGUUAUAUUAUACUUGUGCCACUACAACUGUACGCUGUCAGACUACAGAGACAUCCAGUUACCAGGCUAUUCACUGCUAGUUUAUUGCUAGAGUUUAUAGCCAUUUGUUUAAUUCUUAUACACGUUUUAAAAUUUGCACUCGAUGGUGUGGGGUAUGAACAGCUAGAAGUUGCUGGUGAUAUUUUUGAUAUAUUGUCACGAACAACGUUUAUGUUACUCCUUCUCCUAUUAGCCAAAGGCUGGGCUGUUACGAGAAUCGAACUGACAUGGAAACCACUCGUCUUUCUCAUAUGGUUCUGCUAUGGUGUUGUGCAUAUUUUGCUCUACGUAUGGAAUAUGACAGAGGUGGAUAUUGUCGAGGACAUUGACGAGUAUCAAACUUGGCCCGGGUGGUUUAUUCUCCUAUUCCGCAGUGUCAUCAUGAUUUGGUUUUUGUUCGAACUACGUAACACAAUGACCUACGAACACAAUACCCAGAAAUUAAAUUUUCUACUUCACUUUGGGGCAUCUGCACUGGUGUGGUUCAUAUACUUACCAAUUAUUGCACUUAUUGCAUUGCAAAUUAGUGCCCUGUGGAGGUUUAAACUUCUGCUUGGGAUUACAUACUCUGCUGAUUGCUAUGCUUAUUGCGUAAUGGCCCAUUUACUCUGGCCAACACGAAGUGAACAGUAUUUUUUACUAGCACAAGGUGCUGACAAUGGUGAUGAACUCGAUGAGUUCAAUGAAGCACCACACGUAUUGAACAAUUAUGUGGAACCAGAACUCAAUAAGAUAAUAGCUUAAUGGGAAGUAAUCAAUGUAUAAUUCAAAGAGAGUGGAGACAUCAAUUUCCCUAUUCUUAGCUAACAAUCGGGCAGGGAGGAAUAAAAUUCAGAUCAGAUUUUGAAGAAUAAAUUUUACAUCUUGAUAGAAACAUUGAAAUAAGUAGUUAAUUUGUAAUAUCCCUGCAAGAGGGCCUCAAUCUUUUUGUCAUUCAACUUCAUUUGAUUCUCAAAUGCUUGUCAAACAGAAAGAAUUUCUCUGCUUCGGCAUCGUAAGUUGGUUCGUGUGUAAAUUGAACAAAUUAUUUUUCUAAUUAAUUCUAGCUUUCAAAAGUUAUUCGGAUAUCCAAACACUGGUUUUUUCCUAUCUACUAAACUACUAACUGAAGUGUUCCUCUUGUUUGGUAGUUAAGUACUGGAAGUUUCAUUUGCGUCCUAUUAAUUAUCCAAAUUUUGCUGAUAUGUAUUUUAAUAAUAAAAUUAAAUCGUUAGAAGACGUUUUGAAAAUCGGGAAAUAAAUAGAAAAUUCUUUUUUGAAUAGAAAUUGAUGAAAUGAUUUGUAAAAAUGUUUAUGAGCAUUAUCUAUAUAGGUCACAUGGAUCAAACUGUAAGAGAUAGUUGGAUAUCCUUAUAAUUUUAGCCAUCAUCCGUAUAUCGUCGAAAAUGAGUAUUUUCACUUUGAUAAGAUUGAACAAAUUUGGAAUGUUAACGAACUAAGAGAAAUGAGUGUGAUGUAUCUUUGCCAAAACUUUUUAACUUAAAAGAAAGAAUGCUAAUGAAUACUCGAAAGAGUUCGUACGAACUGAGACUGAAGUACCUCUGAAUAUUCAUCAAUCCGUAUAAAUCAGUUCUCUCCCUUUUACACGGUUAUUUCGUUAACAAAACACUUUUCGAAAACUUCACAGAUUACAUCAUGUAAGAUGAAUGCGAAUUGCCUUAUGCUUGUUAUAUGUUGAACGUGUAAAGUUUCACAUUUUCUCCGUUCGUAACCGCGAAGAAUUUCAAAUUUUUCAUCGAUUAUUUUUUAGCAACAAACUCAUUUAUACGUGAUAUAUAUUUUAGGAUAGAAUAGUUAAUUGUUAGUGGAAUGAUAAAGGUACAGGCUUCCGUGCCAUUUUACUGAUAUAUUUCUCAAUAAUUUGAUUUCGAUGCAAGCAUCUGAUAUUUUUUUGUACAACUUUUCAUUUUACAUAAACAAGUUUAGGUUGCAUGGGAAGUUACGACUGUAGUGAAAUGGUAACAGAUAGUAAGCGCAUUUGGCACAGUAUAAGUAACCGGCGAUUUUUUUCUAAAGGCAGGGAAAUAACAAAAUUUACGUUAAAACCUUUGUGGCAGCCCACACUUUGCCCUACAAAAAAAAAUUUCUAAUUUCGCCAUCUUCUUUCACUUACAAGUCAUUAAUCGGAAACUGAGACUCGGCAAAAUGCACUUGCCUCGUUUUAUCACUUCACUACGAUUUUCUUUUGCGUCAGUGAUUCACUGUCAUUCAUUCCUUAGAAUCUCUGAGCAUUCCAACCGAUUUGAAGAUGUACUCAGAACCACUGGCAGCCCUUACCAAUAUUCUUGCUCAAACUGAACAUUUAAGAAUGUAGAUUGUAAUUGUACAAAAAUGUUCACUUGUUUUAGGCACUUUUAUAUUCCAUCCCUCACAAUAAUCCCUCGGGAUCAAGUAUGGGUGUUCUUUUUUACAUAAUUACUUCAGUAUUGAAACGAUGAUGACCACGAAAUGAGUGAUACAAACCGAUUUCCAGAUGAUGUUAAAUAUUUUAGAAAAGAAAGACUUCAAGAAAAUUCAUGACAGAUUUUUUUUGUUUAGAAUUUCACGAAAAAUGAGAGUCUUUUAACGUUUUUCCCUUUCUGAGACAUUUGUAAAAUAGUCGAUUGAAAUGUGACACCUUGUAUGGAUAAGCGAGUGAAUCACAAUUAUAAUUCCAACAUUUAAGUGCAUUUAAAUAUUGUAACAAAUAUAAACAGAACAAUCGAAGUGACAUACAAUGACAAGUAAUCUAAGUGAUAAAAAAUGAUGCAAAUUGUACACAUAGAUGUUUCUUUAUAUAGUUUUCUAAAUAGUGUAUGUGAUAUUCGUUAUGCAUAAUUAUAAAUUUUAAUAUUGGCUAUUCCAUCCGAUGAAGAAUUCACGACUCAUUUAUCAGACAUGUAGCUGUUUGACUCGAGCUGAAUCAAUUUAUUUUAGCUGACGAAAAUACCGAGACCGAAAUUAUAAUGAAGUUGGGAGUCUGUGUGAAAGAACGCGCAAGAAAAUCAGGUAUUUUCCAGCUCAUUUCAAUAUUACACUGCAGUAGAGGAGAGAUUGUUUUUUAAUUUUUAUGUAAAUAAAUAUUAAAUUUUCUUUGAAAUCUAAUUAAAA